AUGGUUUUAGCUAUGGGUCUUUACACUGGUUUUGACAUGGUUCCACGCCUGUCCGAAAGGACAGAAGACCAGAAGAGCUGGGAGUGCUUCAUCCAAGCCGUCAAAGAACACUACCAAAAUGAUGAUUUGGUAGAAGCAAGACAGAACUGUAUCAUUGUCAAGGUAGACCGGGAUCUUGUUCUUCCACCUGAGGGCCAUAGGCUUCUGCGAUUCUAUUCGAGUAUUUCUGUUCGUCAUGCCCCUGGGGUCGAGGGCUAUCUUGAUACGAUAACUAAGAUUGCAGAGGAACAUUUUGGCUCUCGGGCUCAUACUUGGGAGGAGGAACUUGGGCAGGAAGGGUUUUAUAGAUGGGUCGAUAUUUAUGAUUCACGGAUUAUUUUGAGCAGGACUAUCUCAGCUUCAGCAGCAUAUCUCGAAAGUAACAUUUCCCAGAAAGUUAAGAAGCUUCCAAAAUCAGAGCAACAGCAAUUCUUUUCACUUCAAAACAACAUUUGUAAGGGACAACCGUGUUCCGGUAUUCUGGUAGCGAAUGGUAUAGGUCGCGGUACUGGUUCUACAGUUGUUGAUAUAUUUCCUACAAUAUGCCUCAUCAAUCACGACUGUCUUCCCAAUACACAUACCUACUGGAACCCCAAGACAGAGUGCAGAAAUAUUCACGCAGUGUGCCCCAUCAAAGCUGGAGAAGAGAUAACCAUUGCGUACCGCCCUGGUAAGGGAGGAACCUCCGAUGUACGACGUGCACAUCUUAAGAGAGCGUACGCAUUUGAUUGUGCGUGUCGUCUUUGCAGUCUCUUGCCAGCCGAGACUCAAGUGAGUGAUACACAACGUACCGAUCUUGAGUUUCUUAGACAUCAAGUGCAUAAGGAGGAGCGAUUUUUUGAGCACCCUGAAGAAAGCCUAAUAGACUGCCACACCUCUGUCAAGAUACUCAAAGAGAAAAAUAAGGAUAGGGCAAACAUGUUGAUCUCUGACAUCUACUGGGAUGCUUUCAAUAUUAGCAUUGCGCAAAGUGAUCAAGCGCGAGCGAACUGUUUUAUGGAGAGGGCUUAUAGUGAAAGAAUUCUGUGUGAAGGAGAGGAUAGCCCGGAUGUUCAGGAUAUGAGAAGAUUGAUAAAGAAGCCGUCCCAAUCUGAAAUUUUCGCGCUAACAAGUAAGUGGCAGACUGGAAAGAAGGAAGUACCAAAGGGACUGAAUAUUGAAGAGUUUGAAAAAUGGUUGUGGAGAGAUGGAAUGUAG